GAUUGGCAUUGGUUACCAAGGUGAUUCUUAACUCAACCAGGUGUGAAAGUCGGUGAAAAAUUCCCCAGCAGAAGCUGUGUGAACUUGGACUUCGUCUCGACAACAGAAAUCCCCGCAUCUGGAUUUGCCAGUGACUUCAAGUUCAAGGAUGGAUCCAGCUGAAGAUCCUAGUAAAGGUGGAGCAGCAGCUCCUCCUGUUAUUCACUAUCAUGUCUACAACAUCAGUCAGGUGGAAAAUGUACAGAUUGGUACAGACAAUGUUAUUAACAAGAUUGGAUAUGAGGACGAUAUUGUGGAUGCACCACCUUCUUUGGAAAUGCCAACAGUUAGCUCCAACGUACAACCUGGUCUUCCUCCUGAUGUCCACCCACAACUACAGUUAGCAGGCAGAACCUGUCCUGUAACAGGAGCUAUGGGGAACACCAACCCACCACCCAUUACACCAAACAUCACACCCAGUGAACCCCAACACAGCCCUUCUAAUGGUGCUACACCAAACACUAGUACUACAGACAAUGGGAGUUCCAAUAAACCCCAAGCAAGCCCUCCUAAGCUGGACCCCAGCCUUCAUAUAGGAAAAAUGCCAUUCACGGUUCGCCUCAGGUUAACCAGCAUGCUGAGUGUGAAAAAGCCUGAUGGUAAAGACUGGAGGCUACUCGUGGAGAAGUUGGGAUUCGAGCCACACUAUGUUUCCUUGUGGGACCAGCGAAAGGAAAACCCAGCUGAAACACUGCUACAGUCCUGGGCAGUAAAGCUAGAUGCAACUGUAGGCAGAUUACAUGCCCUGCUGCUGGAGUGUGACAUGGGAGAUAUCGCAGAAAUACUCUGAGAUUCUCUCCAUAAAAUGGAUGGCUCCAAGAGGAGCAAUGGUGGAUGGACCACAUUUGAUUUUGAACUGAAAACACUGAACUCUCCAAGUGUCAAUUCUGUAUUGGGCAUUGUUAUGAGCCAUGACACUCGUAGGGUUAAUCUUCAACAUUCCUGACAUUUGCUGCUGAAGCAGUGUGUGGAUUAGGAUACUUCUUUCCACACCGAUUAAGCACAAGAAUACUAGUAGCUUUAAACAAUGUUUACAGUUAAUUGUUUAAAGGCUAGGUCGAACAAGUCGUUUGGUGUAAUUGAUAUAAUAUAGCCAGCUGCUGCUGUGCAGCAUGCCUGUGAAGCUGGUGUGUUACACCGAGGGGCGGUUAUACCGGCUAUAUAGGAUACAGAUGACUAUUUUUGUUUCAGUGUAAAUGGUAAAGAUUGAACAGUAGAAAUGCUCAUUUUUAAUUUUCAUCCAGGUAUCCUCAAAUGAGCUAUGGUUUUACUAGUGUGCAUGUAUGAAUCUGUUUUUUAA